CGGCGUUUGCUCUGCUGUGUCUCUUUAAAUACAGCAGGCAGUGCUGUUGGCCAGUGUGGGAGCGCAGGGCGCACAGUGCGGCGCUGCUUCUCCGCAGCGUCAAACGUCCGACGGUCGAGGGAACAGACUGGUCGAGCUCCACAGCCCGCGUCACAUCCACGCGCUGACCCAAGUCAGAUCGAGAGACUGGGUCGAGUGAGACGAAGAGUGGACAGUGUGGUGUGAAGUGGUGAGACCGCACUGGGCCACUAACAUCACCUACUCCUCCCUCUGCGACCGUUAACGCUGGAGUUGAAGGUUCAUCUGCGGCACAGUCGCCUGCACUGUGACUGUGAACGUCUUCUUUUUUGUGUGGAGCUCGCUGCUCUUCACGUUUGUCUGAACGACGGUGGAGAUGAGGAACGUGAAGGAACGUGAAGCCUGAGCAGCACAGAGGACCAUUCUCAGCUGAGAGUUGUCUCUGCUCAUGUCUCAGCCUCGUCCUGGCUCGUGUUUGAGAUGGUGAGUCACGCCCCCCCUCCCCUCGCUCCCUCUCUCUUGGACCGUCUCAGUGAAUAGCGUAUGCCACAAAGGUGAAAGGAUCUCAGCUUAGCUGUAAAUAAAACAGCUCCUGCACAGCGUGGGAGAAAGUGUCACAGCGGUGCUGGUGCUGGCACCGCGCAGCCUCUGAGGGCUGAUCACCGGAGUGAAAGCAGUGCUGAGCGAUCACCUUUACCUCAGAGUCACUCACCUUUCAUGCUCUGGUAGCUGGAGCCAGCUCUGCGGGGUAAAGAGUCAACGGGGACGGCGUGAGACUCAAACGUGGACACAGUCACAGAGAAUCGUCAUGAGGGAUCCUUCACGUGAGAGAAAAGUCAUGUUGUUGUGUGAUAACUUCCGUACGUCAGGAUUAAGGCACUCUUUAUUUUAGCUGGUGGCUGGAACGGGGAGAGCUGCUGUCGAUUACUCUGCUUUAUGAGUUUUCAUCACGGGGACAGUGUCUCUGAGAGGCUGGGGAGCCAGCAUGGCCAAGGCUCUGCUGAAGAUACAGCGCUAUUUUCGCAGGAAACCCGUUCGCUUCUUCUCCCUCAUCCUCCUCUACCUGACUGCCGGGAGCCUCGUCUUCCUUCACUCGGGCUUUGUCGGUGACAGCGGCCCCGGAGGCAGGGGGAGCCGGGAGUCCGUGGCAGCCACAGAGAUGGGGAGACGCACCUCAGACACCCGGGUGCUCGGCAGCAUGAGCAGGGUGUUUAAGGAGACGCACAGGUCUGGCAGGAGGUAUGGUCCUCCCUGGAUGAAAAGGACGGGACAGGAGGGACAGGGGACAGAGGUCAGAGGGGGAGACUACACCAGCAACUGGAACCGUGCACUUAAAGGACGCAAUGCCAAAGAUGUGGACGAUGGAAGAGCAAAGUACAUCGGCUGCUACAUUGAUAACACACAGAAAAGAGCCCUGAGAGGAGUUUCCUUUUUUGACUACAAAAGAAUGACUGUAUUCCGUUGCCAGGACAACUGUGCAGAAAGAGGUUACAUGUACGCAGGCCUGGAGUUUGGAGCAGAGUGCUACUGCGGUCACAAGAUCCAGGCCCCGAACGCCUCGGAGAGCGAAUGCAACAUGGAGUGUAAAGGAGAGCGGAGCAACCUGUGUGGAGGAGCAAACAGACUGUCCAUCUACAGGCUGGAGCUGAGCCAUGAGUCAGCGCGCCGCUAUGGCAGCGCCAUUUUCAAGGGUUGUUUCCAUCGGCCAGACAAUGUCACUGUGGCACUUCCUUUCAACACAGUCAUCCAAAACAUGUCCGUGGACAAGUGUGUGGACAUGUGCACGGAGAAGGAGAAAUCACUCGCCGUCCUGGCCGGAGAUCGAUGUUACUGCGGCUUCCCCACGUCUCUUUUUUCGCUUCAUGAGCUGGAGGAAGAGGACAAAUGUCUGCACCGUUGCCACGGGGAAGAGUUCGAGAGCUGCGGCAAUGACGAGUACUUUGUUGUGUACCAGACGCAGGUUCAAGAUAACCGCUGCAUGGACCGCCACUUCCUCCCCACUCGUGCUAAACAGCUGGUGGCUCUCGCCAGUUUCCCUGGAGCCGGUAACACGUGGGCUCGCCACCUCAUAGAGCUCGCCACCGGCUUCUACACCGGCAGCUAUUACUUUGAUGGUUCCCUUUACAAUAAAGGAUUUAAGGGAGAGAGGGACCACUGGCGAAGCGGGAGGACGAUCUGCAUUAAGACGCACGAGAGCGGAAAGAAGGAGAUCGAAGCCUUUGAUUCCGGCAUCCUCAUGAUCCGAAACCCCUACAAAGCCCUCAUGGCAGAAUUUAAUAGAAAAUAUGGCGGCCACAUUGGCUUUGCAUCCCAGGCUCACUGGAGAGGGAAAGAGUGGCCCGAGUUUGUUAAGAACUAUGCCCCUUGGUGGGCGUCCCACACGUUGGACUGGUUGAACUAUGGGAAGAAUGUCCACGUGGUCCACUUCGAGGAACUAAAGAGGGACUUGUUCCUGCGACUCAAGGGGAUGGUUCAGUUUCUGGGUUUGAACGUUUCCGAGGACCGACUGCUCUGCGUUGAGGGCCAGAAAGACGGAAACUUCAAGCGGUCCGGGUUGCGUAAACUAGAAUAUGACCCGUAUACAAGCGAAAUGCGAGCAGACAUUAAUAAACUGAUCAGAACAGUAGAUACGGUCUUGAGGAAAAGGAACAUGUCUGGAGUUCCAGAGGACUAUAUGCCAAGAUGAUAAAUGUGAUCUCCCCCCUCCCUUUCCUCACUUAACUGGUCUGUUCUCUUUUGUAGAAUGACAUGUCUUUAAUAGCCGUUUCAAUUAUUUUUCUGUAAAGUAAUUUAGGUUGAAUUUGUCAUGCAAAGAAAUCAGUGUCUAACCUCCAAUUUUCAUUUUUUAUUCAUCUUUGUUUCAAUUCUCUGCAGUGUCAUGCACUGAUAAAGAAAGGGGAGGUUUGGUUUUCAUGAACAUGAGCAAAAAGCACUUCUUGUCCCUCUCUAUGCACAUGUAGGUACAACUUUAAGAAAAACCUUUGACCCUAAACGUUCAAUGCAGCACAGCAAAGCUGUGUUGUUUGUGCAAAAAAGCAUUAUUAGAUAUGAAAGCAUUGUUUUCACAAUAAUGUUCUUUACACACACUUCUUUGAAAUGUUUAGCCCUUUUGCUGGAGGAAAAUGCAAUAUGCAGGCUUUAACUACCUGAUGAUGACACUGUGUGUUUUGUGUAGAUUAUUCAACUGAGUGUAUGUUGUAGAGAAAUCAUGUUUUUCGAUGAUGAUGAUGAAGAACUUCACAGCA